AGAGCUCACGCCUGAGGACAGUGACCAACUACUGCUUCUCUAGGGACCUCCAGUCACUGAGGGUGCCCUUGGGGACUUCCUGGAACAGCAAUACCACUUCUAGCUGGGUGGCCAAGUCCCACUGUGGAACCAGAUGGACUCCAUUGGGCCUGCUGGACUAGGGAGUAGGGAUCGAGCCCUAGGCUGCCCCCUGGAGGGCUCGCCCCACCCCUCAGACAGCUCCAAGCUGGUGGAGAAAUGCCUGCAGCAGUUCAUGGUGACGACGGCCCAGCUCCAGCAGAUCCAGGCCAGUCUCCUGGACUCCAUGGAGCAGGCGCUGAUGGGGCAGGAUGGCCCUGCCCCUGCUGUCCGGAUGCUGCCCACAUAUGUGGGCUCUAUCCCGAAUGGCACUGAGCAGGGAGACUUUGUGGUGCUGGAGCUGGGGGCCACAGGGGCCUCGAUGCGUGUUCUGUGGGUGACUCUGACGGGCACUGAGGGGCGCAGGGUGAAGCCCAGGAGCCGGAAGUUUGCUAUUCCUCCAGAGGUGAUGCUGGGCCCUGGCCAGCAGCUCUUUGACUUUGCUGCCCGCUGCCUGGCUGAAUUCCUGGAGGUGCUCCCUGUGGGCAGUCGGUGUCUGCCGCUUGGGUUCAGCUUCUCCUUCCCUUGUCACCAGACGGGCCUGGACAGGAGCACCCUCAUUUCCUGGGCCAAGGGCUUUAGGUGCAGUGAUGUGGAAGGCCGGGAUGUGGUCCAGUUGCUGAGAGAGGCCAUCGAGAGGCAGGGGGCCCCCAGCCUCAGUGUGGUUGCUGUGGUGAACGACACGGUGGGAACCUUGAUGGGCUGUGACCCCAGGCUUGGGCCAUGUGAAAUCGGGCUCGUCGUAGACACUAGCAUCAAUGCCUGUUACAUGGAGGAGGCGCAGCAUGUGGUGGCACUGGAUGAGGACCUGGGCUGCGUCUGCAUCAGUGUCGAGUGGGGCUCUUUCAAAGACGACGAAGCUCUAGGGCCAGUGCUGACCCCCUUCGACCGUGCCCUGGACUAGGAGUCCCUGAAUCCUGGUGCCCAGAGGUUUGAGAAGAUGAUUGGGGGCCUGUACCUGGGUGAGCUGGUGCAUCUGGUGCUGGCUGCCCUGGCCCAGCAUAGGCUCCUCUUUGGGGGCUGCACCUCCCCUGCUCUACUGAGUCAAGGCAGCGUGGCCCUGGAGCAUGUGGCCGAGAUGGAGGACCCCUCAGCCGGGACAGCCAGAGUCCUUGCCAUUCUGCAGAGCUUGGGCCUGAGCCCAGGGGCCUCGGACGUGGAGCUUGUGCAGCGCGUGUGCUCGGCUGUGACCAAGAGAGCUGCCUGCCUCUGUGCUGCUGCCCUGGCUGCUGUCCUUGGCCGCCUCCAGCACAGCCGGGAGCAGCAGGUGCUCCACCGGGAGCAGCAGGUGCUCCAGAUCGCUGUGGCCACCGGAGGCCGAGUGUUUGAGCGACACCCCAGGUUCUGCAGCCUCCUGCAGGAGACAGUAAAGCUCCUGGCCCCUAAGUGUGACGUCUCCUUCAUCCCGUCUGUGGGGGGCGGCCGGGGUGUGGCAGUGGUGACUGCGGUGGCCACCCGCCUGGCCGUCCACCGGCGCCUGCUGGAGGAGACGCUGGCGCCGUUCCGGCUGACCCAGGAGCAGCUGGCAGCAGUGCAGGUCCAGAUGUGAGAGGCCAUGGUCAAAGGGCUGCGCGGGGAGGCCUCCUCUCUGCGCAUGCUGCCUACCUACAUCUGCACCACACCCGACGGCAGCGAGCGCGGGGACUUCUUGGCCCUGGACUUUGGAGGCACCAACUUCCGGGUCCUCCUGGUACAUGUGGCUGCUGGAGGUGUGCAGACCACCAGCCAGGCCUACGCCAUCCCUGAGCAUGUGGCCCAGGGCCCUGGGCAGCAGCUCUUCGACCACAUUGUGGACUGCAUCAUGGACUUGCAGCAGAGGCAGGGCCUCGGCGGGCAGAGCCUCCCCUUGGGCUUCACCUUCUCCUUCCCGUACAGGCAGCUGGGCCUGGACCAGGCCAUCCUCCUGAACUGGACCAAGGGUUUCAACGCGUCAGACUGUGAGGGCCGAGACGUCGUGGCUCUGCUGCGGGAAGCCAUCAGGCGCAAAAAGGCAGUGGAUCUGAAUGUGGUUGCCAUUGUCAAUGACACGGUGGGGACCAUGAUGUCCUGUGGCUAUGAAGACCGCCGUUGUGAGGUUGGCCUUAUCGUGGGAACGGGCACCAAUGCCUGCUACAUGGAGGAGCUCCAGAACAUGGAGGGUGUGGAUGGGAACUCUGGCCAUAUGUGCAUCAACAUGGAGUGGGGCGCCUUUGGGGAUGAUGGUGCGCUGGGUGUUCUCAGCACCCACUUUGACGCUAGUGUGGAUGGAGCGUCCAUCAACCCUGGCAGGCAGAGGUUUGAGAAGCUCAUCAGCGGCAUGUACUUGGGGGAGAUUGUCCGCUACAUCCUGUUGCAUUUGACCAGGCUUGGUGUGCUGUUCCGGGGCCAGGAGACCCAACGCCUACAGACCAGAGACAUCUUUAAGACCAAGUUUCUAUCUGAGAUUGAAAGCGACAGCCUGGCCCUGUGGCAGGUCCGAGCCAUCCUGGAGGAUCUGGGGCUGCCCCUGACCUCGGAUGACAUCCUGAUGGUCCGAGAGGUGUGCCAGGCAGUGUCCCAGCGGGCUGCCCAGCUCUGUGGGGCAGGCGUGGCUGCCGUGGUAGAGAAGAUCCGUGAGAACCGGGGUUUGGAGGAGCUGACGGUGACCGUGGGAGUGGAUGGGUCCCUCUACAAGCUGCACCCUCAGUUCUCCAGCCUGGUGGCAGCCACCGUGCGGGAGCUGGCCCCUCGGUGUGUGGUCACCUUCCUGCAUUCGGAGGAUGGCUCUGGCAAAGGUGCAGCCCUGGCCACUGCUGUCACCUGCCGCCUCGCCCAGCCACCCCAAGUCUGAGGACAUUUUCAGGAACCAUGGGGUCUCAGCCCAGGCUUACUGCACCAUGGUCUGGGUCCAGCCUGCCCCUGCACACCAGGACCCCCAGAACAGCCCGUGAAUGCAUGACACCUCAGUGGUCACCCAGCCUCAGCCCCUGGCUUUCCCUGAGAGAAGUGACACUUGGGUUAGCAAUAUAUAUAUAUAUAUAUAAUUCAUUUACAUUCACGUCCGCUAAAAUCCCUACGCGCCCCGGCUGCUGGGCAAGGCUGUGUACAUAAGGCCAAGUGUAAGUGCGUGAAUGCACUUAAGACGGAGUCAGGACACAAACUUCACACGGUGGCCCGCAUGGGAAUCAGCCAGCCCCGGGACAGCACGCCUGGCAUGCACACUCGCCAUUGCCCAGCAUGGGGCUCCCAUUGCAUAUUCACACGCCCUGCCAGGCAGGGCACCUCGUGGCUGGAGCCUGGGGUCAGGGGCCGGGGUUUGGGGGUUGCUGCCCAGUGUCCUUGGUGGGUAGGAGCAGGGCGGCAUGUGAGAGGCAGAUGUGUACAAACACUGGGGGGUGUGAGGGACGUGGGCGAGACCCUGGUGCACAGGCGUGAGAUGUGACGGUGGUAGAGGGCAUCCGCACGGUGGAGGUGGGUGCAUGUGCGAUGGGCGCACAAGCUGGGUGUGUGCACGUGCCCAUGUGUGGUUGUGUGCCUGAGUCCAGAGGCCUCUCCUGCCUGCCCAGCUGUGCCCUUGGUCCCACAGGCUUGGAGCAGGCCCUCAGAGAUGCCCCUACCCAGCAGGCACAGAAACGUUUGCAUAAGGUCCAGCUCAGGCAGGAGGUGGGACCGUGGCCCGAGCCCAGUGUGUGCGUGCAUGUCCGUGUGCAUGCGGGGCCCUGGCCAGGGACAGGAGGAGAGGUAGCAUCACACGCACAGACACACACACAAAUGGGCUGGGACUGGCCUGGCUCCCAGCACUGUCUCCCUGGGCCCCAGGGGCUAGAGCAGAGUCAGAGCAGGUGGCAGUGCCAGCCUGGCCAGGCAGGCCACAGAGGGCGGGAACUUGGGCAGGGUCUGAAGGACUGGUGUUAAGGGACAGCAUCAGCUAGGUGGGGGCCUGUCCAGAAAGUUCUCCCUGGGGUGGGGGAAGGGCCCCUGCCCGGCAUCUGUCUGUCCCUGGCAGGUGCCAAAGCUGGUGAGAAUGUAGGUAUUGGAGGCCCAGUGGCCUCAGCACUCGGCCUCCGACACCGUGAAGAGGCCAGAGUCUGGCUGGCCCAGUCCGGCCACGGCGGCGGCCAGCUGGCUGAGGUUGCCGUUGGGGAAGUGCCGUGCCUCCCACAGGUUGAGGAUCAUGGCUGUGGGGCUGGGCUUGGAGGCAAAGAAGCUGAGAUGGCUGUGGAGGGGAGGCAAGCCAGUCAGCAGCCGGUCUCAGCCCAGGUUGGCUGCCCCCUGCACCACAUCCCGUCCCCUUCCCCGCCUACCCAGGGCAGGGCUUCCCUUCUGCCAAGCACUAGGGCUGCUGGUUGACACAGCCCAGGCCCCCCACGAUCUGGAAAGAAGCCUUGACCUCCUGUCUAUUCCCCCUCCCGCCCUGCCCACCCAGCUGGACUGCCGCUGAAGCCCCUGCCACUCCUCGCCCAUCCCCCACCCACCUGUCCAGGUGGAGUUUCUGGGCCAGAGUCCGCCAGUCAGCACCCCGGCUGCAGGGUGGGUCUAGGCUGGUAAUGAUUUUCUGCCGAAU